AUGGCACCACCCAUCUCCUCCCUGUCGUCUCUCGUGGCGUCAAGCCAAAUCCCGACGCCGCUGCUCCCGAAGCCCAGCAGCAGAGCGCUCGCCGUCGCGCCCUCGCCUGAUCAGGUGUCGGCGUCGGCGGGCAGGAGGGGGCUGCUGGCGCUGGGCGCGGGGUUCCUGGCCUCGGCCGCGCUGCUGAUCCCGGCGGGGGACGCCGGCGCCACGCGCGUCGAGUACUACGCGACGGUCGGGGACAAGCUGUGUGACCUGAGCCUCGUCAAGUCCGGCCUCGCGUACUGCGACGUGGAGGUUGGCACCGGUGUCCAGCCCCCGCGCGGCGAGCUCAUCAAUGUGCACUACACUGCAAGAUUUCCUGACGGCACACUGUUCGACAGCAGCUACAAGCGCGGCAGGCCACUGACAAUGCGCAUAGGCGCAGGCAAGAUCCUCCGAGGGCUUGAACAGGGGAUUAGUGGCGGUGGUGGUGUGCCACCCAUGCUUGUUGGUGGAAAGCGCAAGCUGAUGAUGCCUGCGUCACUGGCGUACGGGCCUGAACCAGCAGGCUGCUUCUCAGGAGACUGCAACAUCCCCGGAAACGCCACACUUCUAUAUGACCUUUACCUCGUUGGGAUUUACAAAUUCUUUUUCCCUGGAACACGUGGAGAGUUUCAGGGGCAAGUUUAUCCGGCAGAUGAAAGUGUUUCUGCCAUGAUUGGUGGUGAAAGCACCUGCAGCGCCACCCGUAGAAGCUUGUGCAUAGGACUACUGUUCACUUUCCAUACUCGAUUGGCAGUGCUCCAGACCUAUUUCUGUAGACCAGAAAGCUACCUGGAUUGCAGAAAAAUGCGUUCAAUUAUGCCGACUAAUCCCCCGUAUGGUUUCACAUGGUUGGUGAAACACUCACGUUUAGAAUAUGCAGAGAAGCAGAGGUCCCUUGCUCGUGUCUGA